GGAGGGUGGAGGACACCGGCUACAGCCCUGCCUCCUCUCUGCAUGCGAGCACACAGCAGAGUAGACACACGGCAGGCGAGCAGGAAGACAGAGCACCAUCACAGGGCAACAAAGGGACGCAUGGUUCAUCUAGAAGGCGUCAAAUGAAUAAAUGAUUCAUUGAAACAAGUUCUGCUUACAGAAAAAAACCUUUUAUUGCAUCUGUCCUGACCUCAAAGCACUGCACAGUCAUGGAGCUGGAGCACUUCGAUGAGCGGGACAAGGCUCAGAGAUAUACCCGAAGGGGCUCAAGAGGGAAUGGGCUUCCCAGUCCCACUCAUAGUGCUCACUGCAGCCUGUACAGAACCAGGACACUGCAAGCACUGACCUCAGAGAAGAAGGCCAAGAAGGUUCGUUUCUACCGCAAUGGGGACCGCUACUUCAACGGGAUUGUGUAUGCCAUUUCUCAGGAUAGAUUUAGGUCUAUAGAAGCACUCCUGGCUGACCUCACAAGAUCUCUGUCAGAUAAUGUCAACUUGCCACAAGGGGUGCGGACCAUAUAUACCGUUGAUGGGUUAGCAAAGAUCACCAGCAUGGACCAGCUGGUGGAAGGGGAGAGCUAUGUUUGUGCAUCCAUAGAGCCCUACAAGAUGCUGGACUACACAAAGAAUGUAAAUCCCAACUGGGCAGUUGGUGCCAGGACUGCUCUGUCCAUCCGUGACCCGUCUUCCCUCGGUAGCGCCAAGACUGGAUCCCCAGAAAACAGAGAGACCAAGGACUUUAUUAAGCCCAAACUGGUAACCAUUGUCCGCAGUGGUGUAAAGCCUCGCAAGGCUGUGCGGAUCUUGCUCAACAAGAAGACGGCACACUCCUUUGAGCAAGUCAUGACUGACGUCACAGACGCCAUCAAGCUGGACUCUGGAUCCGUCAAAAGGCUAUAUACUGUUGACGGCAAGAUGGUUUCCUGCCUUCAGGACUUUUUUGGGGAUGAUGAUAUAUUCUUUGCCUGUGGCCCUGAGAAGUUCCGUUAUCAGGAUGACUUCAACUUGGAUGAAACUGAGUGCAGGGUGGCAAAGUCUGCAUCAUAUGGCCGGCUCCCCUCCGGGCAUGGUCUCUCUUCCCCAAGAUGUGGUGGGCUGUCCCGUAGAAGCAAGUCUCCUUCAUCCACUAGUUCAGCUAAUGGCACUGCAGGCAGUCAGCUGUCCACACCUCGAUCUGGGAAGUCUCCAAGCCCCUCUCCAACCAGUCCAGCUAGCCUCCGACGACGACGGGGAUCUCAGCACAGUGGCUCUUCACUCUCUUUAGCUUCUACCAAGGUUUGCAGCUCAAUGGAUGAAGGAGAUGGGCCUAGCAGUGAAGCUGAGCCAGUGGAUGAGUACCCCUCAGUCCCUGCGUCCAUAGCAGAGAGGUACAAAGUGGGGAGGACUUUAGGGGACGGAAACUUUGCCGUGGUCCGAGAGUGUGUGGAGAGAUCCACUGGAAGACAGUAUGCUCUGAAGAUCAUCAGCAAAGAUAAAUGCAGGGGAAAGGAGCACAUGAUCCAGAGUGAAGUGUCAAUCCUUCGGCGUGUGAAACAUCCCAAUAUUGUACUUUUAAUUGAGGAAAUGGACACCUAUAGUGAGCUCUAUCUUGUAAUGGAGUUGGUUAAGGGGGGCGAUCUCUUUGAUGCUAUCACCUCCUCAAGCAAAUACACAGAGCGAGACGCCAGCUGUAUGCUGUUCAAUCUGGCAAGUGCCAUCAAGUACCUGCACGGCCUCAAUAUUGUCCACAGAGACAUAAAACCAGAAAACCUGUUGGUGUUUGAACACCAGGAUGGUAGUAAGUCUCUGAAGCUAGGUGAUUUUGGCUUGGCUACCGUCGUCAACGGGCCCCUCUAUACUGUGUGUGGCACCCCCACCUAUGUUGCACCAGAGAUUGUUGCAGAGACCGGGUAUGGCCUCAAGGUUGACAUUUGGGCAGCUGGUGUCAUCACUUACAUACUGUUGUGUGGCUUUCCUCCUUUCCGAGGCAGUGAUGAAGAUCAGGAGGCUCUCCUUGAACAGCUUUUGAGGGGCCAGCUUGAUUUCCCUGCACCAUACUGGGACAAUGUGUCUGAGACUGCCAAGUCUCUGAUCACUGGGAUGCUGCAGGUAGAGGUGGAUCAGAGAUACACUGCUGUACAGGUGCUCGAUCACGGCUGGGUCAAUGAUGAUGGUGUGUCAGAGAACGAGCACCAGCUGCCUGUGUCUGGGAAGAUCAAGAAGCACUUCAACACUGGGCCCAAGCUCAACAGCACCACAGCAGGAGUGUCAGUCAUUACAACCACGCCACUUGAUAAGGAGAAACAAGUUUUCCGACGAAGACGCCACCAGGAUGUGAAGCUUGCUCCCCAUAUUCCACACGGUAUCGGUGCCGGCGCCACCCGCAAUGCCAACCCCGGCAUCUCCGCCGCUGAGUUCACCUCUGAGUCUGAGGACUAUUCCCCAAAUUCGGCUGACACUGUCCGUUCACCCACCUCUCCGUUCUAACAGCCUCCCAGAGGCCACAGCACCAUCCACCCCUCUGGGAGUUGGAGAGGGUGGAGUGCAAAACCCAACAUUGGGUUCAGUCUGCUGACUUGGACAUUCACAGACUGCUUACUUGCCUGCACCUAUUUAAUUUUUCAUAGUCAUAAAAUACUUGUAAAGUCGUAAAAUACUUAAUGCAUUGAUCAGAGUAAAGGACAAGUUAGUUGCGGGAUAAAAGAAUACACCUUAUGAGCAUGCUACACAUUUUAAUAUGAUUUUCCUUUUUUUUUUUUUUUUAAAAAGCCACCAAACUGUUUCAUGCCUUAUUUCUACACAGUAAGCACUGGUUAAUUGUAGUACUCUAGAGCCCUCUACUGGUUUAUAUUGUGUACUGCAGGAAAGAACCUGCUUCAUGAAGCACUUAGCUUUUUAAUUGAAAGUGUAAAUACAAAACAUUGAAACCUUAGCUUCUAAAUGUUAAAUCACAUGAUUUUGUGAUAUGACCAUACAUUUCCAACCUGAAUGUUUGUUGAACAAUAACUCUAAAUACAACAGUAGCAGUCAUCUUUCUGCUCUACUGUAUGACAUCUAGAUCACUCUGUGCUAUGGUACUUAAGGUUCUGGUGCAUAAACCUUAGACACAGUGUUUAAGAGGACUUUAAGAGGACUGAAAAGACAUGCUGCUACAUUGUACCAUAAGCAUUAUCUGUAUUGAACAGAUUUUUUUGUGUAGGACUAAUAUUGUCCUGCCGCCCAGUAGCAUGACUCUUUGGAGGGCGCUAAUGUUUGACUGUUGAUAGUCCAGUUCACCUGGGUGCUUGAGGAGGAUUAUUGAAAAAGUAGAUAUGUUACACGUCUGUGAGAGUGGUUGUAAUUCAGUGGUGGUUCAGAUGAAUGUCAGUGCUGUGUAGUUGGUAGUAAGUGCAUGUUUAAAGCCUUGCCUUGGCACAUGAUGAUUUAAGUGCAAUUAGGUGUACUGCCCAAUAAGCACAGUAUCAAAUUUGUCCUUUGUAAUGCUGGAAUGAGUGAGAAUGGAUCUGUUGCUGGUAUUAUUGGCAGCCAACCGACACACUUCUCUAUCAGACGGAGGCAAUUGGCUCUUGUGCAACAUGGAUUGUUUUUCCACACACUGAAAUAAGAAAAAAUAAGAGGUUAAAUGUUGGUAAACACAACAGUGCUUCCAGUAAACGCCAUUAUUUUAAUAUUUGUUCUUUUAGGCAGGACUUUUGUUGGACUUUAAUAAUAAUCACAUCAAACGACAUGACUGAGAAAAGUAUGUACUGUUUGUUCUCUGACCGCUUCAUAUAUUGUCUCACCAGAGACCAAAUAUUCAUGGGUGUGAAUGUCCUGUUCCCCUCAUCAGAGACUGUAACGUGCAUGUGGUCUAAUAUGCAUCCUAAAUCAGUUGUUUGGUCUUCUACUGUUUGAUAUACGCCUGUCAGAUAUGAAUUCAUUUCUGUUGUCAUUGUACGUGCCGUCUUGGUGAAUGCAGACUAUAGUCAUACCACAGCUAAGUUAAUACUUGUAUACGUAUUUUAACAGAAAUGUAACAUCACACCAUGGACUUUGUUGUUAAAGGGCUUUUAAGUUUUUCACUAGAAGGGAUGGAACCAAAAAGCACAAAGAAAGCAAGUUGUGAUUGUGACUUUUUGAGAAUGUUUUUGCUUUCAAGACUUGUUUUUCUUCAUCUGAAAAACAUGUAUGUUUAUAUAUAGUACAACAAAAUAGUACUCUAAGACAACUGGGAAUGUCAGUAUUAGGUGAAGCAGAUGGAAAAUGUGAAUGCUGUAUUAUAUUCAUCCAUAUUCCAUUAAUGUAAGGAUGUUAUAAAAUAAUCUAAAUGAGUACAAAAAAAACAGUAAAACACUUCUUUUCAAGUAAUGAGGAAAAAAAAGUCUAUUCUGGUUAAAAAGCAUACAUACCUCCAAAAAUGUAUGCAAAGAAACCAAUUCUGGGAAUAAAAAGGAUUUAAUUAA